AUGCAAGAAAUGGGAAGUACUCUAUAUUUGACAUUAUUGAUAAUUAUAUCAAUAUUAUCAUUGAUUGGAUGCUCAGUGUUGUUAGUUGAUUAUUUUCAACAAAAACAAAAUGCCAACCUUGCAGGAAAAUUAUUAGCAAUAUUGUCAAUAAGUGAUGCAAUUUAUGUCAUCGCUGUUGUCAUGAAUCCUACUCCAUAGACUGAUGGAGUCUUCUGUGUAAUUUAAGCUUUAUUGAAAUAGUCCUCAAGUGUUUCUACAUUUAUUGUUAAUUUUUUCUUUUGCCUAACUACUUUUCUCACAAUAGUCGAAAACAUAGAUAUCACUGAUGAUAGAUAUGACAUAUACAAAAGGAAUGCUAAAAUAUUUUCAAUUCUGUGUCCUUUUUUGAUAGCUCUUGUUCCUAUUACAUAUAGUGGAUAUGGAAAAUAGUAUUAUGCCUGUGGUUUCAAAACUCAAGAUUCAUAUUGGAUAGGAGAAUUACUAUUGUUCUAUGUUCCCUUUGGAUUCCUUUUUGGAGCAAGCAUAUAUUUCCUUGUUAAAAUACAGAAAUUUCUUAAAGAAAUUUAAUAAAAUAAAUUAGGACAUGAUGAUUUUAUUAUUAAUAGAAGAACUUUAAUGUCACAAAAUAGUCAAAUUACUGUUGGAGAACAAUAUACCAAAUUCCUUUUUUAUUAUACCUUAAUCCAUUUUUUCUGCUGGAUUCCGAUCUUAAUUAGUUCCAUUUUUUAUAUCAUUUUGGAAGGAGACAUAUUAUGGAUUGGAGGAAUAAGUUAAAUAGUUGCAUGUUUGUAAGGGUUUCUAGAUUGCCUUCUAUUUCUGAUUAGCAAACGAGUUUCCUCUCAAUCCUAAGUCUACGAAAGGAAUAAUAGUUUUUUAACUGCAGAUCCAGUAGACAUAUAUAGAGGAUCUGUUGUAUACAAUUCAAGUUUAUGA